UCUUUUACAGAAGAUUUGGAUCACAAAACGUACAGCAGCAUGACCAACCAGUUCUGCUUUCACAAAUUGGAUCACCUGAGGAAACUCGUUGAACUGCAAAGAAGUUUUAUGUACAUAUUGUGUGUUUUAUAUUUGCUGUUUUCGAUGGUGGCGUCCAUUGGAAAUCUUACUGUUAUUUACGCUCUGUGGAGAGCCUCCUCAAUGCCUAAUACCGUAAAAAAAUUGUUCCUGAGUCUCGCUUUUUCUGAUCUUGCUGUUGGAAUACUCUCCCAACCGAUGUUUGGCGUUAUAAUCGCAGUGAUGUUGAGUAUAGCGUAUGCGGAUCGCUAUAUCAGUUAUACAUCUUUCUGCCCAACAAUUUUGAGCGUAUUUUAUUUUUUCAAUUUUCUUCUUUCAUGUGCAUCGUUUAUGAACGUUACAGCCAUUGCAGUUGAUCGACUCUUAGCUAUUUCACUUCACCUUCGAUAUCACGAAUUCAUCACGUCCAAACGUGUUAUUUCAGCAUUGGUGUGUUUAUGGAUAGUAAGCUUUAUCGUUGCGACAUUGUUCAUUGUACUGCCAAAUGGCAGUGACAUGGUGGCUGCUAUAACUGUAUGUCUUGGACUUUUUUUGGCAAGUGUGGCAUAUAUUCGCAUUUACAAAGUUGUCAAGUAUCAUCAGAAUCGAAUACAAGGCCAAACGCAGCAGCAAAAUCCUCAAGAAAUGGAACAACUCCGACAAAAGAAGUCUGCCUAUAAUGCUUUCUUCGUCUUCUUGGUUUUCGUAGCCUGUUAUUUUCCACUAUUUAUUUUUGUAAUAUUAGAUACGGUAAACAGUUCACAAAUUUCACUGGCAGGGAAGCAUGCCUCUAUUUUCUUGGUUCUUUUAAAUUCCUCAUUGAACCCCGUCGUGUACUGCUGGCGAAAUCGAGAAAUUCGUGAAAUUGUGAAAAGAACAUUCAAGGAGGUAUUUUGCAUAAAAUUAACUGGGUUAUCAUCACAUGGAAAGAGAAUAUUUGUACGCUCGAUUGUCCCUAGACAAUAA